GUUGGAGAUAAACGGUGAAACACUGAAAAAAAAAGAAGAAGGAGAAAACCCUGUAUUAUCUUCAACCUUCGGAACCCCAUCACCGUUUUGGGAUUUUUUUUCUUUCCUUUCUUCUUCGUUCUUAUAUUUCGAAAACCACGGGAACCCUAGGUAAAGGGAAAGGAAUGUUCGGCGAGAGGGAAGAGAGGAGAAACUUUCGGGAUUGUUAGGGUUUUUUGGGCAAACACUGUAAGCAGUUAGUGGCUGAUGGGGAGAGUGAGGAGCACGGGCACCAAAGUCGAAUCGUGAGCAAGAGGGGGCGGGGAGGUUGAGAACGAGAGGUGCGAAGAUUGUCGGGUCUAGGGUCUUACCGUGAGGAGUUUUCGGAUCAGUUGAAGUGACUACUAAAAGAAGACACGAAAGAGAGUUAAGAUAGAGGAAGAGAAUGGAAAACAUUACAGCAAGUGAAAUAGCUGGCUUGGCAGUGGGUGCUCUUCUCUUCUCAGCCACCGUUGCUGCCACCAAAGUCGAUGCCUUCUUCUCUUCUUCUCAACGCAGCUCAUUGGGGAUGUGCAAGCGAUGUGGCAACCUGAGGAGAUUGGCUUGUUCCACCUGCAAAGGAACUGGCUCUAUUAGAGAAGGGGAAUUACUUGGUAUUAAGCCUCUUGAGGAUUUGUUUGAAACAAUUGAUAAAAGUGAAUCAAAGGUGAAGCAGAUAGCAUGUGUAAAAUGUCAAGGCAAAGGUUAUUUUUCAUGUCUCAAAUGUUCUCAACUAUAACCACUCCGAUUUAAUCUACUCUGUCUCCAAUUAUAGCAUUAUGAAUUAUGAAUACAACUCCUCACAUGUAGAGGUAUGAAACCCCAUUUUCUUCUUCUCAUGUUCUAAAAUCGCUUUAUAGCUUGUUGCUAAAACUAAUAUAAUUUGUAAUUUUGUAUAUUACUUUGCCAGGUUUCUUGGUGUGUUUUGUAUAUUAAUGACUAUCAUAAGGCAUUCAAACAUUAUGGGCGUGAACAUGUUGGAAUUGGUAUGUGUAUUCAAUAAUAUUGUGGGGGAACCAUCACAUCAUACCCACAGUAACAUCGCUAAGCUAUGAAGAAUUUGCUUAGCUUCAGUUGACAUCAACCAUUACCAUAACAGUCCAGGAGGAAUUCAUGCAUAUAUAUUGUUUGAGCUUAGCUUCCAAGGGUAUCACAUAACAAAGUCCUUCAAAUAUGGAUGUCAAUGCUCCUUCUACAAUACAAGUUAGCGUAAAGGGGAAUUGUGCCCAUCCUACUACUAAUCCUACUAUUGUUGAACCUACUAGUGUUGGUCCAUUAGAAGAGGAUACCUAUGCUAGUGACCAUUGCAAGAGCUUAAGAGGGAGUUUCAACCAUUCAUGAUUUGACUUUAACAUCUAAUUUAGUGAAUUUAGUAGUGGUUGAAGAGGUUCAAAAUGUUGACAAUCAAGCCUUUGUCCCCAUUGAAAAGGAAACGCUAGUUAGAUGGACCCUGUAGGUAUUAUUUUCUUGACCUAGACAUACAUGCCGAUUUCUAAUAAAGUAUGUAUUUUGACAA